AUGGCAGCCAGAGGGGUCCUCCCAGUUUUCCGUACAACGCCCAUCGCUACCCUAUACCGGGAUGCUGGGCUCCCAUCAGCAAUGGUAGCUCUGGAGGAGGCCAAAAUUCGAUUCGCGACAAGGCUUCAGGUGGUGGAUGAGAAGCACCCACUGGCUUCACGGAUAGCACCUCCAAUGAUCACACGAGGAAGAGGGGCUGGAACCCGGCAGCGCUCAAAGUCCAAGGUCCAGCGGUUGGGGGCGCUGCUACCUGCAGUCAAUAGACCCACACUUGCCAUCCCACACUACUCAGAGGGAUGCGGGACAGACCCCACAGAGGGUGUAGACAAAAAGAGUGCUGCUCAGGCAUUCAAGAAAUGGUGGAGAAGUCAACCCUCAACAGAUCUAUAUGUUUUCUCAGAUGGAUCAGAACGGAGCCUUGACAACAGCAGGCAGGUGGGCUAUGGCUUCAUAGUCUAUCAGGGAAAUAAACAGCUGGCCAGCUUCUCAGCUGCGCUGAGCCCUAUGUCACAUGUCUUCGACGCUGAGGCAGUUGGUGCCUGCCGGGCAUUGGAGUGCGCCGUGAAGCUCCUACCUUGUGUCACAGAGGACAGCAGCAACCCUCAGAUCUGGCUCUGCCUCGACAACACCUCAGUCAUCUGGGGCAUACGGGGCAGUGCAGCAGCCUCCUCAAACUGGGCCUACAACCGCUGCCAUGAGCUCCUCAGACAGCACAAUGUCGGCCUGAAAUGGGCUCCUGGGCAUAUGGGGAUAGAGGGCAAUGAGGAAGCAGACCGCUUGGCUAAGCGGGCAGUCUCAUCCACUGCAGCCCCAGCCUAUGGUCUCGAGGCCACACCCACAGUCAGUGGGGUCCGCACAGUGGCCAAGCAGCUCAGCCAAGAGGCAAGGCAAAAGUGGUGGAGUGGAGCCUGUGGCAAGCUCUCUGACUGGUACCGGGGCUGGAGUUUCAGCAGGCCGACUGUGGAAUACCAAGUGAAGGCCCCUCCGGAGCUCACCAUGCCACGGCAUGCCCUUCACCGCUGGCUCGCACUCCGCUCCUCUCAUGGGGACUUCUCCUGGUACCACAGGCGUUUCCAGCAUGCAGAUGCGAGGCUCACCUGUGUCUGUGGACACAACAAGAGCCCAGAACAUUUGGUGCUCUGUCGACACUCACAGAGGCACUUUCUUCACUGGCCCAAGAGGCCAGCAGCACGGCCACACAACCGGGCGACAGCUGUUGCCUAUCUAGGGUCUCUGACCCCUACAGACUUUGUAGAACUGCUGGACCGCACGCAGUUCUACACACGGUACUGCACAAGGUAA